AUGAGCGUUAGAACGGUAACCGAGACCGUUGCCAGCAAGGCGGUGGUGGCUUCAACGCCCGCCGCCACUGGCCUCAGCGCCGUCAGCACACCCUUGCAACGGCCGUACGGUAAAAUCGUCCUCACGCUCGAAAACUGUCUGCUGCCGGAGGCUAAACUCGACCAAACACCGUCCCAGAGCGAUGGUCUCGACCGGGAAUCGGAAACCGACCUCCGGAUCCUCGGCUGCGAGCUGAUCCAGACGGCCGGAAUCCUCCUCAAACUGCCGCAGGUUGCCAUGGCUACCGGGCAGGUACUGUUCCAGCGGUUCUUCUACUCGAAAUCGUUCGUACGCCACAGCAUGGAAGCCACGGCUAUGAGCUGCAUCUGCCUGGCGUCAAAGAUCGAGGAAGCGCCCCGGCGGAUACGGGACGUGAUCAACGUCCUGCACCACAUCAAACAAGUGCGCAGCCAGAGUUUUGUAGGUAAGACGCUCAAUCUUACUCAAAACUCUAUCCCCCUCUCAAAGCAAAGUCCCCAAAAAAGCCUAGAAAAGCAACAGAAAC